ACCAACUGGGCUACGGGACCGGCCAACUGAGCUACCAGAGGACAGUUCGCUCCUGGACAGAGGAUGAUGAAUCAUUCAAAGGUUUAAUGGAUGCUGCUUCCUGUUCUGCUGGGUCUCCAGUGGAGGCCCCAGUCACAGAAAAUGGGGACCUCACUACCAUUGUUGGUGCUGUCAGGGACGAUGACUGUGCGCCGGCCGGGGCGCGCUCCUGCGAGUCUGCGCUGCAGCCCGGCUCGUCGGACGGACCGCGCAGCUCCCGAUGGGUGACGCUGAACGUGGGAGGCAGGCUCUUUACCACCACCGUUGCCACGCUGACCGGCGCCGAGCCGCACUCCAUGCUGGCCAGGAUGUUUUCCGGCGGCACGGAGUGGCUCCGGCCGAGUGACCGGGACGGUUCGGGCGCCUACCUGAUCGACCGCAGUCCCACCUACUUCGAGCCGCUGCUCAACUACCUGCGCACCCGGCAGCUGGUGCUCGACCAGGGCGUCAACCCGGCAGGUGUGCUGGAAGAGGCGCGCUACUUUGGCAUCGACUCGCUGCUGAGCCGACUGGAGGCGAUGGUGGCCGGCGCGCCGCAGUCGCCGCCCAGCGCCGAUCACGCGCCGCUCACCCGCCGCGAGGUGGUGCGCGCGCUGCUCAGCACGCCCAGCGAGGCCAGCCUGCGCUUCCAGGGCGUCGACUUCACCGGCGCCGACCUGUCCAAGCUGGACCUGCGCAACAUCAACUUCAAGUAUGCGUGUCUGCGGGACUGCAACCUGAACAGCUGUAACAUGACGGGCUGCUGCCUGGAGCGGGCCGACCUGUCCGGCGCGCGCAUGGACUCUGCGCAGCUCUCGUGCGUGCGCAUGCUCUGCGCCAACCUGGAGCUCACCUGUAUGCGCUCGUGCAACUUCGAGGACCCCGGCGGCACGCGCGCCAAUCUGGAGGGCGCCAAUAUGAAGGGAGCCAUUCUGACGGGCAGUAACAUGUCGUCCAUUAACCUGCGCGUGGCCACCCUGAAGAACGCCAACCUGCAGGACUGUGACCUGCGGCUGGCCAUCCUGGCCGGCGCCGACCUGGAGGUGAGUACCGAGGUCGCCA